AUGUGGCGAGGCAACAACAACUACAAGAACAACAAUCACCGGGCUAGGAGACCGGCUGACAGAGGUGGGAAACGAGCAGGAUCAGUUGCACCCAGGUCAUUCGGCACAAUACCACCCACAAAUACAACAUCUGCCUCUACCAACAAUAUCAACGCUCGUCAAACGGCGACUGCACCGGGCCAUAAUGGACUCAGCGGCAAUAGUCGAGAAGAUUGGGGUUUAAUGGGAGAUACCCGACCACCAACUCCUUCGGAAGGGCGUGCCCAGUACUACCAUCGCGCUGGCCCUAUUGAGCAGCAACGUACCCGAACAUACGACAACGGCACUGCGCUUACAUUUGGCCCCGAUGAUCCUAUCCCAGAACCAGUACCGGGUGCCGCAUUUGAUGAUCAGUUUAGACAGGUCGAUAGCGCUAUCCGAGACCUACAAGUUAGCAAUUCACAUGGCCCACGGCCCAGUUCUACUAGCAACGCCCCUUACCAGAACUUUCGUACCUCGACGCUCGAUCCUAAAACGAUGCUAGCAUACCGUUACCCUAACGGCGUUGUGUACCAAUUCGUACCCAGUAGGAAUGCUUCCGUAGAGGUUAUACCACAUGUUCGUAGUCUGGUACGGCACUUGUCAGAACAACCAGGAACUGCCCAUCCAGGGGAUUCUACAGACACUCGUUUUGGUGAGAACCGACCAAAUCAAAUGUCACAAGAUAUCCUGGCAACUUCUGGGAGCCACGAGGCUAUCCAGCAGGGUACAAAUGUCGCUCAAGGUUCUGACGACAUAGAAGGUCCAAUCCACGAGUCACGUGGUACUUUCUAUAUCGUUCGUCCGGUUCCGGGAUCCUAUAGAUACGACCGACUCAGCACUGACCCCAAUGUCCCAAAUAUGGUACGGGACAUUGGUGGCGAACUCUAUGAGAUCGAGGGAUACGAGCGCGGAUCCAUGCAAGAUGCCCACCCAAAUGUCCCAAGUGACAUUCAGAACUUUGGAGGCUACCAGGCUCUUACGACUGGAUAUGGCCUUCUCAAUUACCAAUCAAAUGUCGCAAACCAGAGCCAGCACUUUGGAAACCACUCAUAUCCAGAAUACGGAGCCGCCCCUCCCCCACCCACUCCAAACACCAUUUUCAAUGUCCCCACGACAUUUGAGGACAUUGAAGAGCCGCGAGGUCGUACGAUCGAGCGAGAUGCCGGAUACCUGCGCCACCACCGACGAACAGCCCAGAGGGGCAAUGUCCUCUGGGGACAGGAGCUGGAUGAACGUAACAUUGCAGAUAGGGCUCGAGGAGAAGGUAUCUUAGGUGGAGAUAUCGACAGUGGAGAGAUCCGGACAUUCCUCCAAUUCCAGGUACCAUCAGAGCGACGAAAUACCAAUGAGCAAAAAGGCUUCACCACACCACGCGCCCUCUCCCCUCCACAAUUUCGUGUCACAGAACCAUCUCCGAUCGCAAUGCCAGAAAAUGCUACAAGACAACUGGAAGCCAUGCAGACAUCCGGUCGUUCUUCAGCGCCUCCCGCACCCAUCAUAGCCAUUCCGGGUGGCUACUUCGUUACACCAUUGUACCAAGCGCUAUAUGCGCAAGAUACCCUCCGAAGAUCCUCGCUGCCAGCGGCCGAGGGACGAGCAAGUAGUGUGGACAGCAACGGCGAAAAUCGGAUUUUUGGUGAGUUGGCAGGGACCGUUCGUGCACCGAGCCAGGAGGGCAAGGGACGCAAGCUGUGGAAGAAGGACUUCGGCUCAGAGGAUGGUGACAAGAAUGCUGAUAAGGAUCCAGAGGAGUGA